AGUGAGAGCCGCAUUCUGUCUGAUCAGCGAAGAGUCUGGAACGCCGCAGUGGCUCUUCGUCGCCCUGACGCAAUUUCCUGGGUGUGGUUAUCUGCGUUCCUGUAGAGUUUUUCGGAGUGUAAAGAAAGAGGUCGCUUCCCGCAGUAAAGAAGGGAAAGAAAUGUGUCAGUCAUGUGUGGCUGAAAGAAGACAGCGUGAAAGUAACAAACCAGGUAAGCCAUCAUGAUCCCCAUCACGGAGCUGCGGUACUUUGCCGACACCCAGCCGGCGUACCGCAUCCUGAAGCCCUGGUGGGACGUCUUCACCGACUACAUCUCCAUCGUCAUGCUGAUGAUCGCCGUCUUCGGCGGCACACUGCAGGUGACGCAGGACAAGAUGAUCUGCUUGCCUUGCAAGUGGGUCGUCAACAUGACCUGCGGCCACCUCAACACCAGUGCCGAGCCCACCAUCGCAGCCGCAGCCGCAGCCGCUUCCGCUCCCGGGCCAGCCCCCAGUCCAGCUCCAGCUCCCGCUCCAGGCCCGACUCCGGCCCCCGGUCCCCCCGAGCCCAAGGGCAUCCAGUACGACCUGGACCGCCACCAGUACAACUACGUGGACGCCGUGUGUUAUGAAAACAAGCUCCACUGGUUCGCCAAGUACUUCCCGUACCUGGUGCUGCUACACACACUGAUCUUCUUGGCGUGCAGUAACUUCUGGUUCAAGUUCCCGCGCACCAGCUCCAAGCUCGAACACUUUGUCUCGAUCUUGUUAAAGUGCUUUGACUCCCCGUGGACUACCCGAGCACUCUCGGAAACGGUAGUGGAGGAGAGCGACCCCAAGCCUCCGCCGUCGCAGCAGACCAUGAAGGCUAACGGCGGCAGCGCCGGCAAGAAGCCGUCCAGCGCCUCGGAGGACGUGGAGGCCAGCGUGCCCAUGCUGCAGCGCACCAAGUCGCGGCUGGAGCAGGGCAUCGUGGAGCGCUCGGAGACGGGCGUGCUGGACAAGAAGGAGGGCGAGCAGGCCAAGGCCCUCUUCGAGAAGGUCAAGAAGUUCCGCGUCCACGUGGAGGAGGGCGACAUCGUCUACCGGCUCUACAUCCGACAGACGCUCAUCAAGGUGGUGAAGUUUGCGCUCAUCAUCUGCUACACGGCCUACUACGUGCGCCACAUCGAAUUCAGCGUGUGGUGCUCGGUAGACCUGGAGCGCCUGACGGGCUACCGGCUGUACCUGUGUGCCCACCCCCUGGCCACGCUCUUCAAGAUCCUGGCCUGCUUCUACAUCAGCCUGGUGGUGGUCUACGGCCUCAUCUGCGUCUACACCCUCUGCUGGAUGCUGCGCCGCUCGCUCAAGCGCUACUCCUUCGAGUCCAUCCGCGAGGAGAGCAGCUACUCCGACAUCCCCGACGUCAAGAACGACUUUGCCUUCAUGCUGCACAUGAUCGACCAGUACGACCCGCUCUACUCCAAGCGCUUCGCCGUCUUCCUUUCGGAGGUGAGCGAGAACAAGCUGCGGCAGCUGAACCUCAAUCUGGAGUGGACGCCAGAGAAGCUGCGUCAGCGCGCCACCAAGAACGCCCUGGACAAGCUGGAGCUGCACCUCUUCAUGCUCAGCGGCAUUCCCGACACCGUCUUCGACCUCCUCGAGCUGGAGGUGUUGAAGCUGGAGCUCAUCCCCGACAUCACCAUCCCGCCCACCAUCGCCCAGCUGGCCAACCUGCGGGAGCUCUGGCUCUACCACACGCCGGCCAAGAUCGAGGCCCCGGCGCUGGCCUUCCUGCGCGAGAACCUCAAGUCUCUGCACAUCAAGUUCACAGACAUCAAGGAGAUCCCGCUGUGGAUCUACAGCCUGAAGAACCUGAGCGAGCUGCACCUGACUGGCAACCUGAGCGCUGACAACAACCGAUACAUUGUCAUCGAUGGCCUGCGAGAACUCAAGAGGCUCAAGGUUUUGCGGCUGAAGAGCAACCUGACCAAGCUGCCACAGGUGGUGACGGACGUGGGCGUGCAUCUGCAGAAGCUCUCCAUCAAUAACGAGGGCACCAAGCUCAUGGUGCUCAACAGCCUGAAGAAGAUGGUCAACCUCACCGAGCUGGAACUGGUGCGCUGUGACCUGGAACGUAUUCCACACUCCAUAUUCAGCCUCCACAACCUGCAGGAGAUCGACCUGAAGGACAACAACCUGAAGACCAUAGAGGAGAUCAUCAGCUUCCAGCACCUGCACCGGCUGGCCUGCCUCAAGCUCUGGUACAACCAGAUCGCCUACAUCCCCAUCCAGAUCGGCACGCUCACUAACCUGGAGCGCCUGCACCUCAACCGCAACAAGAUCGACAAGAUCCCCAGCCAGCUCUUCUUCUGCCGCAAGCUGCGCCACCUGGACCUCAGCCACAACAACCUGACCAGCAUCCACCCCGACAUCGGAUUCCUGCAGAACCUGCAGUCCCUGGCACUCACCGCCAACCGAAUCGAGGUGCUUCCUGCAGAGCUUUUCCAGUGUCGUAAGCUGCGCUCCCUCCACCUGGGCAACAACUGUCUGACGUCGCUGCCGUCGCGCUUUGGCGAGCUGACCAGCCUGAGCAGCCUGGAGCUGCGGGGGAACCGGCUGGAGGGGCUGCCUGUGGAGCUGUCGGAGUGCCGGCUGCUGAAGCGCUCGGGCCUGGCGGUGGAGGAGGACCUCUUCAACACGCUGCCUCCCGAGGUCAAGGAGCAGCUGUGGCGCGCAGACAAGGAGCAGGCCUGAGACCCGAGGCGGGAAGCUGGGAGUGAUGAGGAGUGGAUGAGCAGCGCAACACAGAGACAGAGACUCAAGGAGUCGGCCUUAGCCGUGAGGAAGGAGGCUUGAGGGUGGGAUGGGAGUGGCAGGAGGAGGGAGGAUUGUGGUGGUGAGCGACGUGGAGAGAAAAGAGACUCUCGGAAAAGCAAAACGGGUGGAUAUAUUGGUCCACGGUCUGUUUUAAUGUUUUGUUUUUUCAUGUAUUUGUUUUUGUAUUAAUUAUGUUUUUAUCUGUUAAUUUGGUUUGUUUUUAAAAGAUUUUUUUUAUUAAUAUAUGGGGUGUGGACUUACCAAGAGAUGACGGUAUAGACGCUUCUAAAAACAAAACAAAAUGCUUGGACUUACAGAGAUGAAUGAAAGUACUGACGGGCGACUGAAUGGGCGACUAAUUGACAAGAAAGGCACCCUUUUGUAUUCAGAAAUGUAACUGCAAUGACAUGUAUUGAGAAGUGUGUGCAUUUGGGCACCUAACUGAAAUGUGUAUGUGAUUACGCCUCCGUGCCUGAAGGUGGCAGUGUUGGUGGGGCCAGCCGGCAGGACCCUAUACUGACUUUCUCACUUGUACACAGCACAGCACAGCACAGCAGCACUCGUUUGUGUGCCUGAGAAUGUCUGAGAGCAAAGAAUGAAACCAACACACUAACAAUUCUACUACUACAGUAUAUCUCAAGACUACAUACUUGCAUUCCUCAACACUGUGUUGAAUUACUUAAGAACACACACACACACACACACACACACACACACACACACACACAAACACACAAACACACACACUAGUGUGCCUGUGUACAUAGACAGUUGUAUCGCGCGGAGUUGAGGAGAGCAUCACUUUUCCAAAUCUGUACAUCGACAAUUUCUGCAAAAGGGAAUUAAAAGCAGGCAGCCAGACAGCCAGCUUAUGGCUCCUGUAACUAAUGGCCUUAAUGUCAUAUGCUGGAAUACUGGCUGCUUUUAAAAGAAAACACACACAAAAACUUGCAUCUUUAUAAUUUUAUAUUAUUUUAGUUAGAUUUUUUUUGUGCAAAGUAUGCAAAUGUAUGUUUUAACUUGAAUGUCGGCUGUAACACUUUGUUUUUUGUAUUAGCCGUUUAUAUGGGUUAUGAUAUUGUCAUUAUUUCAAUGUUUUAACUGAAGAGAAGAAUAGGUUAAGUGUCCUGGCAGGAUAUGUUUUGUCUUGCCCAGCCUCAGAGACUGAAUGUCAAACACGUACACAUGUGCACACUGCUCAGUAAGACAAUGAAACACUCCUUUAAUACAGCC